UCGAGCAUCGGUGGCCAAGGAGGGGAGGAGAGGACAGUGACAGUCCCAUGGGGGGGGUAGACUUGACUGACAACGGCGCUGGAAAUACGCAUUCGGUGACCCGUGUGGUAAAAGGAGGAGGGGGAAAAAAUAGUUUAAGUGGCAAGGAAGACAAAAAACACACACAUGCAUAGACAGCGAUAUAUUUCUAGUCCUGUGGUGGCGCUUGUGAUUGCCGAGCGACGGUAGCAGGCAGCAGCUGCGAGCUUCCCAUCAUUAUUGUCAGCAGCAGCACCGCUGCCGCCUCCCUCCCUCCCUCCCUCCUCCCUUCUCUCUCCAUCACCAUAGACACCAACAGCCACACUGUGUGUGUGAGAGAGAGAGAGAGAGACUUGAGAGCAGCGAUUCAAACCUCGGGCAACAAUCAGUGAGGGGAACACACAACUGCUGUACUCGCCCCCACCACACAUACCCGCCCCCCCUAAAAAAAAGAAGAAAUCGGCAGUCAAUCAUGACUACUGCAACUUCGCCUAUUCUGCUAAAAUGGGAUCCCAAAAGUCUGGAAAUAAGGACUGUGACAGUUGAGCGGUUAUUGGAACCACUGGUCACACAGGUAACUACUCUUGUGAAUACAAGUAGCAAGGGCCCAUCAAGUAAAAAGAAAGGUCGCUCCAAGAAAGCACAUGUAUUGGCUGCUUCUGUGGAACAAGCAACACAAAACUUUCUGGAGAAAGGUGACCAGAUUGCGAAAGAGAGCCAAGAUCUGAAGGAAGAGCUACUGGUGGCUGUGGAAGAUGUACGGAAACAAGGAGAAUCAAUGAGAAUUGCCUCUGCUGAGUUUGCAGAAGAUCCUUGUUCUUCUGUAAAGCGUGGAACCAUGGUUCGGGCAGCUCGUGCUCUGCUAUCUGGAGUAACCCGCCUGCUGAUCCUGGCCGACAUGGCGGAUGUCAUGAGGCUUUUAACACAUUUAAAAAUUGUGGAAGAAUCACUGGAUGCUGUUAAGAAUGCAACCAAUGAGCAAGAUCUGGCCUGUCGCUUCAAGGAAUUUGGAAAGGAAAUGGUUAAGCUCAACUACGUGGCAGCUAGAAGACAACAAGAACUGAAGGAUCUCCACUGCAGGGAUGAAAUGGCAGCUGCUCGAGGUGCCUUGAAGAAGAAUGCAACAAUGUUGUACACUGCUUCUCAAGCAUUCCUCCGACAUCCUGAUGUAGCUGCUACCAGAGCCAAUCGAGAUUAUGUUUUCAAACAAGUACAAGAGGCUAUUGCUGGAAUUUCAAAUGCUGCCCAGUCUACUUCAAUGGCAGAUGACAAACAUGGGCAGGUUGGCAUUGGGGAACUAGCUGCAGCUUUGAAUGAAUUUGAUAACAAGAUAAUUUUGGAUCCUAUGCACUUCAGUGAACAGCGAUACAGACCCUCGUUAGAAGAGAGGCUGGAAAGUAUUAUCAGUGGGGCUGCACUAAUGGCAGACUCUUCAUGUACACGUGAUGAUCGGCGAGAAAGAAUUGUGGCAGAGUGCAAUGCUGUACGACAAGCCCUUCAAGAUCUCCUUACUGAAUACAUGAAUAAUACUGGCAGGAAAGAGAAAGGAGACCCCCUCAAUGUUGCCAUUGAGAAGAUGACAAAGAAAACACGUGAUCUGCGUCGGCAGCUUCGCAAGGCUGUCAUGGAUCACAUCUCUGACUCAUUUCUGGAAACCAAUGUUCCUCUGUUGGUUCUCAUCGAAGCAGCUAAGAGUGGCAAUGAGAAGGAGGUGAAGGAAUACGCACAGGUCUUCCGCGAGCAUGCUAACAAGCUUGUCGAGGUUGCAAACCUCGCGUGCUCCAUCUCAAAUAAUGAAGAAGGCGUGAAGUUGGUUCGCAUGGCGGCAACUCAGAUCGAUAGCCUGUGCCCGCAGGUAAUUAAUGCAGUGCUCACCUUGGCUGCCAGGCCUCAGAGUAAAGUUGCCCAGGACAACAUGGAUGUCUUCAAAGACCAAUGGGAGAAGCAAGUACGAGUUCUGACUGAGGCUGUUGAUGACAUCACUUCUGUUGAUGACUUCCUGGCUGUCUCAGAAAACCAUAUACUGGAGGACGUGAACAAGUGCGUCAUAGCUCUCCAGGAAAGCGACGUGGACACACUGGAUAGAACCGCUGGAGCCAUUCGAGGGCGAGCAGCAAGAGUUAUCCACAUUAUCAGCGCUGAGAUGGAGAACUACGAACCUGGACUGUACACUGAGAAAGUAAUGGAAUCCACCAAGUUACUCUCAGAAACCGUCAUGCCUCGUUUUGCUGAACAAGUGGAAGUCGCAAUUGAAGCGUUGAGUGCAACUCCCCCACAAGCCUUCGAGGAGAAUGAGUUCAUAGAUGCUUCACGCUUAGUUUACGAUGGAGUACGCGACAUCAGGAAAGCAGUGCUGAUGAUAAGGACUCCAGAAGAACUGGAGGAUGAUUCGGACUUUGAGCAAGAAGACUACGACGUGCGCAGCCGGACAAGUGUUCAGACCGAGGACGAUCAGCUUAUUGCGGGGCAAAGCGCGAGGGCCAUCAUGGCUCAGCUGCCCCAAGAGGAAAAGGCGAAGAUUGCUGAGCAAGUGGAGAGCUUCCAGCAGGAGAAGUACAAGCUGGAUGCCGAAGUUGCCAAGUGGGAUGACAGCGGCAAUGACAUAAUUGUGCUGGCAAAGCAGAUGUGUAUGAUAAUGAUGGAAAUGACCGAUUUCACCAGGUAA